UUUAUAUUUAUUAGAAGAUUGUUACAAUAUUGUUUAUUGACUACCAAUGAAAAAAGAUAUUUUGAAACCACUCAAAAGUAAGCAUAUCCAUUAAAAGAUGAAGAGACAGCUACAUGCUGGAACUGAAAGCAUCUAUUCCCAAUUUUUAAGAAUGGCUAAAAGCAAUCAGACACUUCGCACAGUUUUCCUAUUAACAAUUGGAAUAACAAUGCAUCUUCUAAAAUCGGUUCUAUUAUAUGCAACUGUGUUGGUGACAUUUAGUCUUAUAACGGUGCCACUCCAUCCCAGAGCAGGACGAUUAGUGUAUUAUAUAAUACAUGGUUUGAUAUUAAUGGCUGAACUUUUUAUGAGUGAGCUAUUUAUGUAUAUAUGUUGGAUAAAGUGCGGAACUGCUCUAUAUUAUUUAUUGUAUGCAUUUAACACAGAAUAUGCAUUCCGUCCAGUUCGAUUUCUUUUUACAUUACUGAUUUGUGGUACGCUGAUGUAUAUUGUUGCAUUUGGAAAGAAAAUGUUCAUUCAUUUUGGAAGAGAAGAAGACGGUAUUCAAAUGAGAGGUGGUUUGCGUGCUGUCAAGGCUAAAACGCAAAUACCACUGCGUAAGCGUGGAAGACCUCGUAAAAAUCAACAAAAUUAACUAAAUAUAAUUGCAUUAUAAAAGCGUUAGGGUUAGGGAGGGUCCAUGAACAUCACAAAAAAUGUUAUCAAUCGUAAUCGCAUUAGGGAUGGACUAGGAAGAUUUAAUGGAUAUGAAAUGUGAAACAUUUCCAAACGCAAUUUUCGUUUAAUCCAACAAGAACAAUGAAGUCAAGUGAUGUUCAUUUAAAAAUAUUAUUUAUUAGUUAAUUAGAUCAAAAAGCUGUACUGUGGG